AUGAGCCAGAGCGCCACCGAGAGGGUGCCUGCCGGCGGGGUUCUCAGGUUCCAUCAGGGCCGCCGCCGGGAAGGUCGCCGGAGACGGAGGGAGAGGGUUGCGGGGGGGAGCUCUCACCUAAGAUCCCCAUGUACGCCGCCAGACGGAUCUCGUAGGAUAGCUCCACGCUCCACGACCCGCUCGACACCUUAAAUCACAGACGCCAGAAGAGAGAGAGAGAGAGCAUGAGAGAGAGAGAGCGUAGAAACCUGGUUCAGCGAAGAGAGAGAGAGAGAGAGAGAGAGAGAGAGAGAGAGAGAGAAAGGUACGUUUACGGCGGCGGCCGGAGAGUCUAGCACGGCGUACUGGGCCCUGCCGAGGAGGAGCUUCAUCUUGCAGCGGCCGCCGGCGGUAGUGGUGCAGGUGGAGGCCGCCGGCGUCACGUCGUGCACCGUCGAGGAGACCUCCGCCGCAACAGUCAAUGCUGCCGGGUGGCGGCCCCCGUUGGCGGCGCCGAUGUAGUAGCUGUCGUCCUCCUUCACGUCCAUCGCCGCCUCCCCGCCUGCCCCACCCACCCACCAAGAAGAAACCUUCAUCCAUCUCCUCCAACUCUCCAACAAAAAGAAGUAGAAGAAGAAGAAGAAGAAGAAAGCGGUUGACUGACCGUAGUUCAAUCCCGAGGCGUUGACCCUUGUCGGGUACGCCCCCAGCAGCUCGCUCUUACUCUCUCCUGAAGAUCUGGAAGAUCUAAUUAUCUCUUUUUAAUUUAAUAUAAUAUAUAUCUAAAGAUUUAUCCUCAAUGUUGACUUAAAAGGGACGGCUUUGACCUCUGAGAACGACGAUGUUCACGUCCUCGGGGGCGGCGCCGGAGACGGCCCACGUCAGCUUGAUGGAGGAGCCCCGGUUCAGCCACAGAGAGAACCCCUGCGAGGGUUUCUCAAAUAAUCAGUAAAUAUAUAAUUUAUAUUUAUAAUUUAUGAUACUAAUUAAUCAAAUAUAGGCUUUAUUUUUGAAGGAAGGGCCGAGCCCAUUUAGUUUAUAAAAUACUACGGAGGCGCACCUUGCUUAUUACGUGGCUGUUCUCUCUCUCUCUCUCUCUUCCCCACCCCCCUAAUGUGACAUAUUCGGCCCGCUUGAUUGCUUAUUGGGCUAGGCCCAUGUCUCUCUCUCUCUCGCUCUCUCUCACCCCCCCUAGCGGGCCAGGUUCCUACUGGAUCUCACCCGUAAGCCCUCUCUCUCCCCCUCCCCUAAUGGCCCCGGUUCCUACUGGAUCUCACCGGUAAGUCCUCUCUCCCUGUCUCUCUCUCACUCUCGCUCUCUCUCUCUCCCCUCCUCUAAUGGCCCAGGUUCCUAUUGGAUCUCACCAGUAUGUCCUCUCUCUCUCUCCCCCUCCCCAAAUGGCACAGGUUCCUACUGGAUUUCACCCGUAAGUCCUCUCUCUCCUCUCUCUCCCCCUCCCCAAAUGGCACAGGUUCCUCCUACUGGAUCUCACCCAUAAGCCCUCUCUCUCCUCUUCUCCCCCCCCCCCCUAAUGGCCCAGGUUCCUACUGGAUCUCACCCGUAAGCCCUCUCUCUCUCCCCUAGUGA